AUGAACAAGAACUUUUUUUUUCUAAUCUGCAACGCCAUUCUCUUCUUCCUCACCAAAACCUCCCCCAUAGCCCGCCCUCUCGAUCUCAACCGCCUGCAAGUAGUGGUAGAGGCAGAAACCUAUUCAGAUAGGCAUAUAAAGUUGGACGAAGAAGAAGAAGAUGAUGAUGAUGAUGAUGCUGACGAUGAAGAGUCAACGAAGGUGUUUGAAGAAGAGCAAGUGAAAGUAGAUCAUGAAUUCGAGCAUUCGAGUCUCCAAGUUUCGAUCAAGAGAGCAGAGAAUGAAAUUGAGCUACAAGAUUGCUUCCUUUUCAAAGAAGUGGAUGAUCGAGAUGAAGAGGUGAUUAUUGGCAAUGGAAAGGAGGAAGUUGAUGAAAUAGAGAAGCUGAGUGACGAUGAAUUGAACCAGAAAUUUGAAGAUUUCAUAAGGAGGAUGAAGGAGGAGUUUAGAAUUAAUGAUUAUCAACACAAUCAGUUAAUCUUGGUCAAGUAA